UAAACUAUUUAGUAUAAUGUCUGGUACAGAAUAAAGGUACAGAAAAUACAGUGUUAGUUUAUAUCAACCUGACACAGAAACGAGUGCACUUAACGGUUUUUAAUUCUUCUCUUAACGUUCUUCCCACCCUGGGGAAGUUUUGCACGCUGGCUAGGCAGGAGGGUUUCAGGAGCUUGUUUGUUUUCUUCUCAUCAUCUCCCACCAGAAUGUUAGACAAGACUGAGGAGAUUUUCUAAAACCAAACCUGGCCAUUCACUGAUUCACAGGGCCAUUGACUUGGGUAAGAUAUUUGAAAAAAAAUUUACAAGAAACAGAUUUUACUUUGAUUUGAACACAUCACUUUUUAAAAACAUCAAAUAUAUUUUAUUUAAAAAUCACAAAAUCCCUUAUACAAGUAAUAUGCCACUUGGAAAUACACUUGCCUGACUACAUUAACGAGCAAAAAUAACAUGGCUUUAAGCACAAAAGCCCUCCUUUUGGAUAUGUUUUUGGAGAUAGGUAGGAAAAUACUAGAUGUUUUGUUGUUGUUUGUUUGAGUUUUUAGAACUGGUAUUUCUUUAAGUCCUGGUUAUAGACGUGUAAACAAUGUAAAUGAAUCUGCCAUUACGCAUCACUUCACAUCCAUGCCACCUGUGUGCACAUAGACACCUGCGGAUACACCUGGACGAGCGCCACAUCACAGGUACAGCUGUGCCCUUGGCAGACAGGACUGAAGGAGGGUUAUUUGGAAUAAAUCCUACACAGAAUGUGGGGCAAAUCACUGGUAUUCCUUUAAAGAACAGGUCACAAUAGAAAUACUUCUUGGAAACAAUUCAUCCCACUUUGGUAAGUUUUAUUAAAUGUGAUUUACAUAGUUGUUAGUUUAUUUGAUUAAAUCCUAACACAAAGCAAUAAGCACAAAAUAACUAUUUCUUCAUCAUCUAGAUUUUAAGCAAUUCUUGAAAUAGAUAUAUACGUAUGUGAUCUUAUGUGGAAAGGAGAAAAUAAAGAAAGGGGAAAAGCAAACAUUUCCACGUGGAGGAAACAGAUCAAAUAUUCAAAUAUUUAGAUUUAAAAUAGCAUCCCUAGAGAGAAUAGUUAUAAUGAAUUUUCCAGAAAACUUCCCUGCCUAUAAAAAUGACCCUAAUGACGCCCUCAAUGCAAAUGUCCUGGAAACUACGAGUGUAGGAAGCCAUAUCUUGGGAACAUAGCAGUUGGCUGCAGAAGGAUGGAUGCUGCAUUUAGCUGUAUUUUGCAGUGUGCUCUCUUUAGAUUUUGGUGAAUCUCUAAAAACGUUGGCAUGUCAGAAGUACAUUCACGUAGGCAAAUGGGAGCACUGUAAACAUUACCAGUCCAUAUUUUUAUCAGGGUUUUCAAGAUGAAGAAGUUUUCCAACCAGCAUAAUGACAAUAUUUUUUAUUCCAAUGUCAAAUGUGGCAGAACAAAAAGAAAUUAAUGUACAAAUAGCUAUAAUGCAAAGGAAAAUAACAAGGAAGGGAAUACAAAAGACUGAGACUGUGCUAUUGAUUUUUAGUCAUAAGCUAAACAAACUGCUAAUUUUGAACAUUUGGAAAAAUAUCAUUCUUGACUAUAAACUAACUCUUUGUCAUGGAGAUUUCGAAUUCUUUUUACACAGUGAAGAAUCUUACAUCUUUAAGCAUUGUGUAUUUUUUUUCCAAUUUUGUAGCUGAGUAGCUUGUUCCAGUUUUGGUGUGGAUAACUAAAAGCUUCCAGGGGAGGCCUUGAAUUGGGUAUCUGACAUAGAUCAUUUCCACUAAUUUCUGUGUGACACUAAUUUCUGAGAGCUCGCUUUUUAAUAAAUUCCUCAGUAUUUUGGACCUUGUCAAAUCAAUACUAAAUCCUGAAUAUUUUAUGAGUAACUGUCUGAAUAUUGCUAUCUUUAUGAUAAUGAACUAUAGUCUUAAAUCCCCCAACUGCCUGUGUUAUAAGUGGCACAGUCUCUAACAAUCAUUCUAAAAGUUCUUAGGCUGACAUGGGAAGCUUUCGAUCAGUGCAGUUGUAGUCUGUUGUCCAUAUAAAGUUACAGCAUGAAUAGUAUAGAAGCCAUUGGAAUAAUGAUCUUUCAUGUACUGUCACAUGAUGUUUCAUGUACUGUCCUCAGGCUCCCAUCUGCAUACUUUAGCUGUGGAGCAUUUCUUUCCUUCUAUAAGAGAGCAAACAUAAAAGAAACUUCAUUUUGGGAUUAAGAAACUACUACUGCCUAUGUCAUCAUAUUCUAUAAUUAAGACUUGAUCUUCUAUCCUUAUAUCUUCACUGGUGAGGACUGCUCAAUGUUAUACUGGGAAAUAGGUGAGUUAUCCCUUCCUUCAGAAAGCAUCUUUAUUAAGUAAUAACCUGACAUGAUGAAGCCCUUCAUUAAAUUCCCCUUGGGGGGCAUAAGGGAUGAAUUUUAGCAGCUGUCUAUACCUUCUCUUCAUGCAACACCUGAUUCUUGAAGUUGGUCAUCUUGGGUUGAUCUCACCCAACGGGACCACUGAUGUGAGAGGUAGGUGGAGAGCAAGCCUCCCACUCGACACUCUCAAAAUAAAAGGACAAGCUAUGGAAAAGAAAUUCCAAAUCACUUAGUAAUAAAAAGUAUAAGAAUAUUUUUUACAACAUUCAGAGUUUCAUGGAUACAUUCCACUGGGGAGUGAGUAGAGUUGUGUCUGAGACACCUAGUAAACCAAAAGAGGGUAAAUGGUGAUGAACAUCAUGCAGAAUUCAGACAAAUGUCUUUCAUGUGGCCCAAAAACUUUCUCACCAGAAAGACAGGAAUUGACCCCUAUAAUAAGUACUAAAUUGACCAGGAUGUUAAGUCUAAAUACUUCAUUAAUUUCCUUCCCUCAUUUAAGAGCUGAUGUUUAGGAGAAGAAAUUAUGUUCCACUACAUUGAAUUCCAAGAAUGUAGCUUCUUUUUGCCUUGAUUUCCAGCUGCACAUCCGGGUCUCACUGUGUUUUCAUCUAUGGAUAUCUUCAAGCAGAGUUUUGGCUGAUGAUGUGGCUGAGGUGCUCCAGGAGAACUUUAAGCUCACACGGAUAGGUUCUCUAUAUGGUCCAAAAGCCACCCUUCCAAUCCCGAGUUUACAUAAUUUGCUAUUUUGACAUCUUUAAUUUGCUCCUCAGAAACUCAUGGGCCAGGAAAAUAAAACCCAGAUAUGGGUGAGAGAGUUUAUUCUGCUGGGGCUGUCCAGUGAAUGGGGGACUCAGGUCUCCCUCUUUGUCCUGAUCCUGGCCAUGUACGUUGUGACUACUGUGGGAAAUGUCCUCAUUCUUGCCCUGAUCAGACUGGACAGCAGGCUUCAUACCCCCAUGUACUUCUUCCUUAGUGUUUUAUCCUUUGUGGACCUUUGCUAUUCAAACAGCUUUGCCCCACAAAUGCUGGCCCACUUUCUCUCAGCUCAGAAGUCCAUCCCAUUCCACAGUUGUGUGCUCCAGUUCUACGUGUCCCUGGCAUUGGGUGGGUCUGAGUUCUUCUUGCUGGGAGCCAUGGCCUAUGACCGCUAUGUGGCAGUAUGCCACCCACUUCACUACAUAGUCAUCAUGCAUGGAGGGCUGUGCCUGGGGCUGGCUGCUGGCUGCUUGGUGGCUGGUUGCAUGAAUUCUCUGAUGGAAACAAUCAUCACCUUCCGGCUUCCUCUGUGUCACAAUGUUAUCAAUCACUUUGCCUGUGAGACCCUAGCAGUGCUACAGCUAGCCUGUGUGGACAUCUCCUUCAACAAGGUCAUGGCGGCCAUCUCAGGAUUUCUGGUGAUCAUGCUUCCCUGUUCUCUGGUCCUCUUCUCCUAUGGUCGUAUAGUUGCUGCCAUUCUGCGCAUUCGUUCUACUCAGGGACGCCGCAAAGCAUUUGGGACUUGUGCCUCCCACCUCACUGUGGUUUGCAUGUGCUUUGGCGCAGCCAUAUUCACCUACCUGAGGCCACAGUCAGCCUCCUCAAUGGAAGAAGAGAAGAUGGUUGCUCUAUUCUAUUCUGUGGUGGCACCUAUGUUGAACCCAUUGAUCUACAGCUUGAGGAAUAAGGAAGUUAUGGCUGCUCUCCAGAAAGUUUUAGAAAAAUUCAGAGAUAAAGGAUAAAGACUGUAAGAACUUCUUGCUAUCUAAGAUCAACACCAAAAAGGAGAUCAGAUAAGUAUAGAUGGGACUUCCACACUCACACUAAAGAAGACUAUUAUGGUCAGAUCCUUGCAUCUGAAUAACAUUUUCCUCCACAUGAUUGAUGAAUUUCCUUAUGUAGGCCCAUACCUGAUAACUUAUGUGUCAGUUAUCCAUGAGAGGGCCUCUUCUUUGAUCAUCAUCUCUCUCAGUUAUCCAGUGGUGUUUAGACUUCAUCUGCCCAUUUUUAAUUUUAUUAGCCUGUUCAAUGUAUAAAGGAAUGACCCAGAGCUUCAUCAAGCAGACCUGGUUUGUGGAAUGAAUAGAUAGAUGAAUUCCAGUGAUAAAGUCUACUUUUACCUUGUGGAACUGAAUGGAGAAUGCCUUUUCCUGUUUCUACACAACAAUACUCCAGAUAUUUGUAGAACAACAUCAUUUCCUCCUGGAUAAUCACAAAUGGUUUCUUCAACUCUUUCUUAAAUAACAGCAAUGGUAGGUCUUUCAACUCCAAUUCUGCCUUAAUCUAGAGUGUGAUAUUAUAUCCUGAAAUAAAGAACAUAUGACACAAUAUUUGUUCAGACCAGUAUAUUGGAUUUCACUUGGUUUUCAAGAAUCAAAUUUGCUUUUAAGAUGCAAAAUAUCUGUGGUUUCACUCUAAUUUUUUUAUUGCAGUAACAUAUAUGUAACACAAGAUCUGCCAUUUUAGCCAUAUUUAAGUGUACAGUUCAGUGGCAUUAACUACAUUUGAAAUGUUGUGAAAACAUCACCACUAUCUGUUUCUAAAAUUAUCUAUCACCGUAGUCUUUUAUUUGACUAAUUUCCGAAGACUUUUUUCCUAAAAACUGGUUACAAAGUUUCCACACCCAUUGCUCUUUUUUUUAAACUUAAGUGAAAGUGUAUAUAUUUAGCUCUGCUAAUUGUUAUUAUUGAUUUUCAUACAUCACACCAACCAACCAAGAUUAUUUUGCAUUUUGAUCCUCCAAAUUAUUCCAUUAGUUAAUUUCUCUUUCUAUUCAUAGGUGUAAAAAAACAGAAAAAGCUAUAAAAAGAAAUACCAAAUAGUACAUAUCAAUUAUAUAUCACUGCAAACCUACCUCCAGGUGGCAAAAAUGGGUCAGAAUGUCAUUGGAACCAUAUAGUAUAUAGCCUUUUCAGAUGGGUU